AUGCAAGUGUAUUAUAUAAAAUUAUUUUUACACUUAAUUUUCCUACAUAUAACAUGUACUUUAGCAGAGGUAGCUGAUCAUACAACUGAACCAAAAGGAACACAUGCUACAUUAUAUACAAAUGAAGAUUAUGUUAUUCAAUUAGAUGCUGCAACAUUUAAUGAUACAAUUUAUUGUGAUGGAAAAGAAGAUUGUUCAGCUUUUAUUGUAGAAUUUUAUGCUGAUUGGUGUGGGCAUUGUCGUAAUUAUGCUCCAAUGUAUGUUGAGUUGGCUGAUGAUAUUAAAAAAUGGAAAAAUGUUAUUAAACUUGCUGCUAUUAAUUGUGCUGAUAGUUAUAAUUUACCAAUUUGUACUAUACAUAAUAUACGAUCAUUACCAACAAUAAAAUAUUUUGAAAAAAAUUCAAAAGUUUCUGAUAAUGGUAUGAAAUUUAAAGCAUAUCAUAAUAUUGCGAGUAUGCGAAAACAAAUAACAGAAUAUGUAAUAAGAGAACAACAUACUAAAAAUUAUGAUAAUUGGCCAAAUUUUGAAUAUAUUGGAGAAAUUUCAAGAUUUAGUCAGUUAUGGAAUGGCUUAAAUGAAAAUAUUUCAACUAUGGCCAUUCUUUUUGAUAAUGAAAAAAAUGAUUUAUUAGGAUCAUUAGUUCUCCUUGAUCUUAGUUAUUAUUCAAAUAAAGUAAUAAUUAAAAGAAGUGAUAAAAGUCAUCCACUUGCUGCAGCAUUUGAUGUACAAACAUUUCCAGCUGUAACAAUAAUUAAACGUGGUGAUAAAAAACCUAUUUUUGUAUCAGAUUUUAGAAAAAUGAUUUCUGGUGAACUUGAUUCAUUCUUUAAUGCUGAUAAUAUGGUUGACACAAUUAUUAAUCAUACCCCAGAUCGUAUUAAUCGUUCCUCUGUUGAUUGUAACACUUCCCCUGAACUUUGCCAACCAAAAUAUUUUGUCUCUGAAAGUGAUAUGUUGAAAGCUAUCAAAUAUGCUUUAACAAAUGAAAUUGAGUUGGUUGGGCAAAAUUUGACAGGCAAUAGUUUGACGGCAUUAUAUAAUUUUGUUAAUAUGCUUAAUGAUUAUUAUCCAGGAUAUACAAAAAAUGGAUCAGAUAACACUAGUGUUAAAAUUCUCGAAAAUUCUUCAAAGGCAAAACAAAUAUUUUUCAAUCUUAAGCAAUUUUUGACAAUUAAAAUGAUGGAAAAUUCUUUGACACUUGAUGAUUGGGUAAAUGAAUUUAAAAAAUAUGAACAAAAAUUUGAUAAUCCUUUUGCUGAUGAUGCUGAUUGGGAACAUUGUAAAGGUACAGAACCAAGAUACAGAGGUUAUACAUGUGGUCUUUGGACACUUUUCCAUACAAUUACUGUAUCAGCUUACAACGAUGCACCUGUAAAUGGUGAUUUUGAUCCAAUUCCAAUUAUAUAUUCUAUUAGGGGUUGGGUUGAAGAAUUCUUUGGUUGUGAAUAUUGUAAAAAACAUUUCAUUGAAAUGACUGGAAGAAAAUUUAAAAUUGAAGAUCAUAUGAAAACAAAAGAAGAUACAUAUUUGUACUUAUGGAAAGCACAUAAUAUUGUCAAUAACAGAAUUAAGGGACAUGAUUCAGAAGAUCCUAACUUUAAGAAAUAUCAAUUCCCAGCAAAAUUCCUAUGUAAAGAAUGUAAUGAAGAUUUCGAAUCACUAGAUAAUCCAAAAACUCAUAAAUUCCUUCAAAGUUAUUAUUCAAAUAUUAAUCCUUAUGUAAAAAAAACAAUUUAA